GGGGGGGGAGGAGGAUCAGGGUGAGAGAGAGUUGAUAAACUGGACUCCUCGACUCUGAGCCUCACUUCUGUCUCCCCCCCAUCACCCAGCAGGCUCACACGCGCCCCCUACAGUCAGGACCAUGUGUGACGACGAGGAAAGCACCGCUCUGGUCUGUGAUAACGGCUCCGGUCUCUGUAAGGCUGGCUUCGCCGGAGACGACGCUCCCAGAGCCGUGUUCCCCUCCAUCGUGGGGAGGCCCCGCCACCAGGGGGUGAUGGUGGGCAUGGGGCAGAAGGACAGCUACGUUGGAGACGAGGCUCAGAGUAAGAGAGGAAUCCUAACGCUCAAAUAUCCCAUCGAACACGGCAUCAUCACCAACUGGGACGACAUGGAGAAGAUCUGGCACCACUCGUUCUACAACGAGCUGAGAGUCGCUCCGGAGGAACACCCCACCCUCCUGACCGAAGCCCCUCUGAACCCCAAAGCCAACAGGGAGAAGAUGACCCAGAUCAUGUUCGAGACCUUUAACGUUCCCGCCAUGUACGUGGCGAUCCAGGCUGUCCUCUCUCUGUACGCCUCGGGGAGAACCACAGGCAUCGUGCUGGACUCCGGAGACGGCGUCACUCACAACGUCCCGAUCUACGAAGGCUACGCUCUGCCGCACGCCAUCAUGAGGCUGGACCUGGCCGGGAGGGACCUCACUGACUACCUCAUGAAGAUCCUCACAGAGAGGGGGUACAGCUUCGUCACCACCGCGGAGAGGGAGAUCGUGCGGGACAUUAAGGAGAAGCUGUGCUACGUGGCUCUGGACUUUGAGAACGAGAUGGGGACCGCAGCGACCUCCACGUCUCUGGAGAAGAGCUACGAGCUCCCUGACGGACAGGUCAUCACCAUCGGCAACGAGAGGUUCCGCUGCCCGGAGACGCUGUUCCAGCCCUCCUUCAUCGGAAUGGAGUCUGCAGGGAUCCACGAGACGACCUACAACAGCAUCAUGAAGUGUGACAUCGACAUCCGUAAAGACCUGUACGCCAACAACGUGCUCUCCGGAGGAACCACCAUGUACCCCGGCAUCGCUGACAGGAUGCAGAAGGAAAUCACAGCGCUGGCCCCCAGCACCAUGAAGAUCAAGAUCAUUGCCCCCCCCGGAGAGGAAGUACUCGGUGUGGAUUGGCGGUUCGAUCCUCGCCUCUCUGUCCACCUUCCAGCAGAUGUGGAUCAGCAAGCAGGAGUACGACGAGGCCGGGCCGUCCAUCGUCCACCGCAAGUGCUUCUAAACUCCCCCCCCCCCCCGUCUGAAACCACACACUGACCCCCGUCUGAAACCACACACUGACCCCCGUCUGAAACCACACACUGACCCCCGUCUGAAACCACACACUGACUCCCAGCUGCAAACAGGACGACGGAGAACGUGUUAUUUGGUAUUUAGGAAGAUGCUAAAAAAUAAGUGUUUUAUUCUGAAAAGCUGGUGGAAGGGAAGUGAUGUCAUCUUUUGUUUGCAGCUGUUUUUGGUAACAAUUCAGAACACCUGGUCACCUUCACCUGUGAACAUGGCGCUCAUCUUUACCCCCCCCCCACACCUGUGCCCCCCCCCUCCCCUCCACCCCCCCCUCCUCCAUCUAUGCCCCUCCCUCCAUAUUCUUAUUGUUUCUGUCAAAGUUUGUUUUUAUUUUUGAUGAAUAAAGCUUGAAUGUUGCCCCCCCCCAUUUCCAUGUUGUCACCAUGAUGUCACGCAGUAACGAUGAUGUCACAGCUGUAGGAGGAGGCGUGGCCUCACGGUGCUCUCUGUAAGGAAGUGACAGCUGAUUGGCCCACGACAAUAAAGAGCUCUCGUACCUGA